CCUUUUGUGCCGCGAAUGAGUUCAGAGAAGUCGAAUUCUUCUGCAGUUUCGGGGCGUUCGAAGCCGAGGCUUGUGAAGAUUAGGAGACAGAUGGGUUCUCAGCAAGGGAAGUCUUCAAAUAAUUCGGGUUUGAAACCUUUUCAGUCUGUUUUGGAGAAUUCUAAUCAAGUUAACAAUGCUACUAGUAGUUCAUCAAAUGGGUUCAAUUCUUUGGUUGGGGAUGUGGAUUUUGUGUUUGGUUCACAUAAGAACAGUUUGAUGUCGAAUUUGAAUUCGGAAAAGGAACAAUGUACUGGAAGUGCAGAAGGGUUUGGGAGCUUCAAUAAUGUGGGUUUUGUGUUUGGUGUGAAUAAGAGUAAUUCGGAUUCGAAUUCACAUUCAGAGCAUAAAGAAUCUAGUGGAGGUGUGGGAGAAUUGGGUGCCGAUGUGGGAUUUGUGUUUGGUGCUAAUAAGAGUAGUUCUUUAACGAAUUCGGACUUGGAAAGGAGACCAUCCAGUGGAAAUGUGCAACAGUUGGGUGCUGAUGAGUUUGGGGAACUCAAUUAUGGGGGUUUUGUGUUUGGUGCCAAAAAGAGUAAUUCGGAUUCGAAUUCACAUUCAGAGCAUAAAGAAUCUAGUGGAGGUGUGGGAGAAUUGGGUGCCGAUGUGGGAUUUGUGUUUGGUGCUAAUAAGAGUAGUUCUUUAACGAAUUCGGACUUGGAAAGGAGACCAUCCAGUGGAAAUGUGCAACAGUUGGGUGCUGAUGAGUUUGGGGAACUCAAUUAUGGGGGUUUUGUGUUUGGUGCCAAAAAGAGUAAUUCGGAUUCGAAUUCACAUUCAGAGCAUAAAGAAUCUAGUGGAGGUGUGGGAGAAUUGGGUGCCGAUGUGGGAUUUGUGUUUGGUGCUAAUAAGAGUAGUUCUUUAACGAAUUCGGACUUGGAAAGGAGACCAUCCAGUGGAAAUGUGCAACAGUUGGGUGCUGAUGAGUUUGGGGAACUCAAUUAUGGGGGUUUUGUGUUUGGUGCCAAAAAGAGUAAUUCGGAUUCGAAUUCACAUUCAGAGCAUAAAGAAUCUAGUGGAGGUGUGGGAGAAUUGGGUGCCGAUGUGGGAUUUGUGUUUGGUGCUAAUAAGAGUAGUUCUUUAACGAAUUCGGACUUGGAAAGGAGACCAUCCAGUGGAAAUGUGCAACAGUUGGGUGCUGAUGAGUUUGGGGAACUCAAUUAUGGGGGUUUUGUGUUUGGUGCCAAAAAGAGUAAUUCGGAUUCGAAUUCACAUUCAGAGCAUAAAGAAUCUAGUGGAGGUGUGGGAGAAUUGGGUGCCGAUGUGGGAUUUGUGUUUGGUGCUAAUAAGAGUAGUUCUUUAACGAAUUCGGACUUGGAAAGGAGACCAUCCAGUGGAAAUGUGCAACAGUUGGGUGCUGAUGAGUUUGGGGAACUCAAUUAUGGGGGUUUUGUGUUUGGUGCCAAAAAGAGUAAUUCGGAUUCGAAUUCACAUUCAGAGCAUAAAGAAUCUAGUGGAGGUGUGGGAGAAUUGGGUGCCGAUGUGGGAUUUGUGUUUGGUGCUAAUAAGAGUAGUUCUUUAACGAAUUCGGACUUGGAAAGGAGACCAUCCAGUGGAAAUGUGCAACAGUUGGGUGCUGAUGAGUUUGGGGAACUCAAUUAUGGGGGUUUUGUGUUUGGUGCCAAAAAGAGUAAUUCAUUUACAGCAAAUCUGUAUAACGGGUUAAAUAAAAAGUUGGAAUUUUGUGAAAAGAGUAUUUCAAUCAAGGACAAGACAGGGAAGAAGACGAGGAGAAAGUUGAGGCAGGCUAUUCCAGUUCAGCAGCAAUCUAGGCAAAAUUGUGUGUCAAAAGAAGGCUCCCAACAAAACCCAGACUCUCCUGCAUGCUAUUCACCCAUGGAUUUUUCUCCCUAUCAUGAUAACAGUUGUGCACCCUCCGCUGUGAAUGCAACAAGUUCUACAUGUGCAAGUGAUGAAGAUUUGGCAGCUGCAAGAGAAGGACCUAAUACCAGCGAAGAUGACAAAAAAUGUAGAGGGAAACAUGAUGAAGUUUCCAAGAAUCAUUAUGAAAGAUUUGUUGCUCAUUCUUCUUUAGAAGAAGCUGAAACUGAAUGCAGUAAUUUCAAAUCUGAACAGAAAACCAUUAACAGGGGUGGUGGUGUUGCGGAAGAUAGUGUCAAUUCAGACAGGAAGAGGGAAGAAAGUGAGUGUGUAAAGCAAUUUUGUUUUGCCUCUAGUGUAGAAGAUAUCAGUGUGAGAAAUUUUACCUUCUCUGUGUCCUCUGCACAAGAUAACUUUUCAGCGACGAAGCGCCAAAACCGAAAGAAAUAUAGGAUGAAAGUUGGUCAUGGUCCAAAUUGUACCACUCCAAGUCAAAAAGUUGACACUGCAUCUUCCUCUGUCCAAUCUUCACCUCUUGAUAGUGGUUAUUUGCAUCGGAUACGGGCACAGGAUAAAGAAGGGGAUAUAUUUAGUUCUCAAAGGAAGGGGGAGAACAAAUCUAAAGGAGGUGAAGAACAUGACAAGAAGGGGUCCACUGCUGCAACUCUGGAAGCCUGUGAGAAGUGGCGAAUUAGGGGAAAUCAAGCUUAUGAGAAAGGGUACAUGUCCGAAGCUGAGGAAUUUUACACAAAGGGUAGAAACUGCGUCCUUCAUAGUGAGAAGUCAGGAUGCUGUGUUGAGCCACUUGUGCUGUGUUAUAGCAACCGUGCUGCUGCACGAAUGUCUCGUGGACGGAUGAGGGAAGCCCUAGGGGACUGUAUGAUGGCUGCUUCACUGGAUCCCACCUUUCAGAAAGUCCAAAUUAGAGCUGCAAAUUGUCAUCUUGCGCUGGGGGAAGUUGAAGGUGCACUCCAAUAUUUCAGCAAGUGCGUGGAAUCAGGGAGUCAUGUUUGUUUGGACCGUAGAAUUAUAAUAGAAGCAGCCAAUGGCCUACAAAACGCUCAGAAAGUGGCCGAGUGUAUGAAUCAGUGUGCCAAACUUUUACAACAGAGAACUUCCAAUGCAGCAAUUAGUGCUUUGGAAAUAAUUUCCCAAGUCUUGUCAAUAAGUUCUUACUCAGAGAAAUUACUUGAAAUGAAAGGAGAGGCUCUUCUCAUGCUUCGAAGGUAUGAAGAGGUGAUUCAACUCUGUGAGCAGACUCUCGUUUUUGCUGAAAAGAAUUUUGCAGUGGUAACUGGUGAUAACAACAUAGUGAAUGUGGAUGGUCUUGAAUACAAGAACUCAUCUAUAAGGCUGUGGAGGUGGCUUCUGAUAUCCAAGUCCUACUUUUAUCUGGGAAGGCUUGAUGAGGCUCUUGAUUUGCUAGAAAAGCAAGAGCUAUUGAGAUCUACUGAAGACAGGCAUGGAAGGAGCACUCGGGAGUCAUCAAUUCCAUUUGCUGUCACUGUUCGUGAACUUUUACACCGCAAGGGAAUGAAGCAUUUCAGUCUGGGAGGCAUACAGAAGCAGUGGAGCAUUACACUGCCGUGGUAUCAAGCAGUAUUGAAUCACGUCCUUUUGCGGCCAUUUGUUUUUGCAACCAUUUGUUUUUGCAACCGUGCUGCUGCACACCAAUCUCUGGGCCAAAUUGCUGAUGCUAUUGCCGACUGUAGUCCAGCCAUAGCUCUUGAUGGAAGUUACUCAAAGGCAGUUUCUAGAAGAGCCACCUUACAUGAAACAAUUAGGGACUAUGAACAAGCAGCCAGUGACCUUCAUGGACUGAUCUCUCUUCUUGAAAAGCAAUCACAAGAAAAGGUUCAACAGUGUGGCUCACCAGACGGGUCAGCUGGCGGCAAUGUUAAAGAAUUAAGACAAGCUCAUCGCCGCCUUUCCUCAGUGGAAGAAAAGGCUAAAAAAGGAAUCUCCUUUGAUCAUUACCUCAUUUUGUACUGGUUGUCAUGAACUGUGAUGGAAGUGGCACAGGGAUAUCGGGUUCACAGACUAAGACCAAUCUGAGUUAUACUGCAGAUGCUUCAAGAUCACAUAUUGAGGGGUCAGCAAAGUCCUAUGCAACUACAUCAGAAAAUGACAAUGGAAAAGGGA